AAGUGUAAACAUUAUCCUCUUCAUUCAGUUUCUUCUACUUUUUCAAACUCUUCCUAUUAUCAAUUAAAAGUGUCGGACCCUUUCACGAUAAGGAGCGCAGAUGCGACUACUUGCAGCUCAUCUCAGCAACAAAAUCGCAGUGGAUGCGCAGCAGAUAUUUACAAUUUUUCUACUUAAAAGCACCUUUCGGGACAUAGCAUUUUUCAUCAACUCAUUACUGAGUAGACUUGCUACGUUCAAGGCCCAUCUGCAUACAUCUAGUUAACUCAUCUGGAUCCCAUCCGGCUUCGUUCUGCAAAAAAGAGCCCUCGUCCCCCUUCCUCCUCCUGUCCACUUGUCCCCAAGCCCGGCUACCCCAUAAUGCAAUCCGGAACGGAGGUCUUUGAAGACCACAAAAGCCCCUCCAGCUCCACAGAUCCCGUAUCAGGGUCAACAAGUCCUCAUGUGAUCAGACCAUCCCUCCUUGGAGGGUUGGCCAAUCGGCCUCGGUCCUCGUCUACCAACUCGAACGGUUCGAAUCAUUCUUAUAACACCAGAAGCUUAUCUAUUGCUAGCUUAGAAAGCCCUCGAAACUCGAUUGUUUCUAUAGAUGAUCAAGCUUUCAAGUCCAGUACCAGAAACAAUAGCACCACCAGCUUGGUAUCAAUGUCGGGACAACCGCCCGUAACCACCCCCACAAACUCGCUACUACUUAAAGAACGACUUUUGCUCAACUCAUCCAAGUUGAAGUCCAACUCGGCCAUUCUCUUUUCCGAUGAUGAUGAAGAUACUCGGGUAAUAAAACCCCUUCACGUGAACUCCAAGUCUCGUUCCAGUUCCACAUCUAGUACGGGAAAUCCUGCUGGUAUUGUUUCCACAAGAAAGACUGAAAAACUAAUAGUCAAAAAAGACUACCGGUUCAAAUUCAAAGAUUUGCAUAAGCCCAAACCCACUCUUGAUUCAAAGUCAAGUGGAGUUACAAGUAUAGUGGAUUCUACUCCUUCACCAAUGUCGUUAACAGUUAAUGAAAAUAUCCCCAAAACUACCAUUGAGCAGAACCGAGAGAACUUCAAAAAGAAGUCGACUCUUAAACAGCCAUUCAGCAAUUUGAAAAGGAACUUAAUUUUCUCCAAGGAUGUGAGACUUGAGCUAUUGAAUAAUAAACUUGAUUUUGGAUCAAGAUUUCCCGGGAACAAAGAAGUUCCUGAAAAUAUUGAAGGUUUGUUGAAAGAAGACUUGAAAGGUGACUUCAAAAAGCUUCCGAUAUUCCACACAUUGACCCAGAAAGAUCAGUUGAUUACAAAACUCAAUAGGAAAUGGAAUAAGCAGGAGAAGUUAAUUUCUAUUAGCAGUCUGAAUGAUGUUAAUGACGAUACUAAUAAUGACAAUGAAUAUGAUAAUAAUAGGGGUUCAAAGAGACGGUAUCUGUCUGACAAUGAAUUAGACUAUUGAAGAGAGAGCUCUGUUUGUUUUAUGUUUGUAUAUUAUAUUUGGGUGUAUAAUAAUAGUAAGGAUAUUCUUUUUUGGUAUGAAUUUGAUUCAAAGUAUAACAUCAUCAUCAUCAUUAUCAUUAGCUGAUAAUUCGUAAAAGAAUGGCAACUCUAAUACUUCUUUGGCUGAAAACCUCUUACUAGGAUCCAUAUGGAAACAUCCAAGUAAAAGGUGGUAAAGGUUUUUGUGGUCUUGGUAUUUCUCGUACAAUUCUCUUUCUUCGUUAACUAAAGAGUCUUUGAAUUUUUCGAUUGAAUGAUUGAACCCGUCACAAGUUUUGUUUAAUACUUUGAUAGUGUCGUAGAUGACACUGUCAUGAGGUAAAGCAUCUUGCUCAAUCUCAUGCAUCAAAGAAUCAGCUAUGAGUUUUAAAAUGUUACCAUUGGAGGUAUAGAUAUUGGAGGGCAAGUUGAUUUCAAGCCCACAUCCAUGCAAUUCGCUACAUUUCUGUAACUUAUCCAACCCAAAAACAAUAGCCAUUUCCACUAAUGCAUCAGUGUCAUCCGGGGAGUUAAACAAAGGGAACUUUCUGGAAAGUAAAGAUAAACCUAUGAUACCAGCUGACCAAAUAUCGAUCUUGGUAUUUUGAUGGGUACAUUUGAACAACACUUCGGGAGCUCUGAAUCCUCUUGUUCCUGCUCUGUUUGCCCUUCUUGGAGGACGUUGAUCUUGUUUAGGAUAGGCUGCUUUGAUAUUGAGUCGUUUGUUAUGCCUGUUUUUUGGAACCUUACUGUUGUCCUUUGAGUUACAAGGACAAGGAUUAGAAGUAGGUUGAAUAGAUGAUGACUGUACUUUUUCUGCCAAACCAAAAUCAACUAAUACACCUUUACCUUUAAAAGGAUCAUAUAAGAAAUUGGUUGGUUUCAAGUCCCUAUGAAUAACUCCUUUAUUGUGAACAAAUUCCAACCCUUGGAACAACUCCCAUAAGUACUUUUUGAUUCCUUUAACUGGUAAGUCACGGUAAAAGUCACGAAAGUCAGCAUGAGGGUAAUAAGGUAAU